UUCAUUUCAUUUUCUAACCGAUAGAUGAUUCAUAACCAUCGUAAUCUCAAUAUUAUAACAUUUUUAGUAUUUCCAUGUCUAAACUGUAAAAUUGUAAACAUUCGUGUUAUCAUCAUCUUUCCUAAUCUGUGUGUAAAUACGAUGAAAAUAAAAUCGCUGCUAGUGUGAAUACUCUAUCCUGAUAUUACUGUUAAUAAAAUGGAAUACCCAGACAUCAUAUCCAGGAUAAUUUAAUUAGAAGCAUAAAAGGACACAAUUGGACGUAUUCAUAACAGAGGACAGAAAAAAAAGAGUAAUGAGCAGGAACUUACGCGUAUUUAUUUUAUUCAGUUAUGUAUUCAUUCAGUUAUCAGACAUAAAAUAACAAUCAUGGUCACAUAUAAGAUAUUUAUAUAUUAACAGUAUUAAUUAAUAAAUAUGCAUCAUUUGUGAUUACUGUUGCUGAGAUAACAUUAUCAUGAUCACAUUACAUUUAUCGGCGUUAUCACUACUACUCCACUGCCCUGUUCUUAUCAUGAUUACAAGGAAUUAAUUAAUAUAUCUGGAAAUCAGACUGUUUUGAAUAUAUAGACAUUUAAAUUUAAAUUGGUGUUACUGAACUCAAUGUUUUUUACAAUUCUGCUGUUUAUUUCGUGCGUGAAUGUAAUGGAGUCUACAGGAAACUCUGUUGUGAUUGAUGUAAUCGAAGAUGCCAGACCUGGAACAGUUAUCAUAGACAACCUGGAACACAGAUUUCCGUCAUUUAACACUGGAGAAUCUAAACAGCAUUAUAUUGCGAUAGGAAAUCCAUCAAGUCCUGGGAUUAAUAACCUGGAAAUACGUCAUCACAGAUUUGAUGGUUCCGUUCAGCUUGUCGUUAAAGAUGGACACAGUGGUCCAGACCGUGAAGAACUAUGUGGAAAUCGUGAGUCUCACUCUGACUCACAAACGCCAUUCUGUGAUAUCCCAUUGAUUAUUUUACAUGGAAAACGCCAUGAACCAUCCUAUGGAAAGCUGACACUACGCAUUUUGGAUAGAAAUGAUAACAGUCCUGUGUUCACCAAGAAGGAAGCAGUUGAACUUCGUAUACCAGAGAGUAUUGAAAAUUUCGAAACAGUGAGUAGUAACGUCAUGCGACCUUCUCAUAUGCUACAUUCCAGCAGCAAACCAAAUGGAGUAAAUCCAACUAGUCUAGAAUUACCUAAAGCUCAUGAUAUAGAUUUACCAGAAAAUGGGGUUAAAACUUACCGACUAACAACUGUUUCCGGACACGAGGUAGACAAAUCACUGUUCAACUUGGUUGUGAAUACUGAAAAUGAAAAGAUAGGCAACAGUCAGCCUGUUCCUUCAUUGAGGAUAGUAGGCUUACUUGACAGAGAAAAGCAGGACGAGUAUUGGUUUCACUUACUAGCCAUAGAUGGAGGCAAUCCUCAAAGAACGGGUACUCAGUCUGUUCACUUAGUAGUUACAGAUAUCAAUGAUAACAUUCCAAAAUUCAGAAAACCAAUUUAUCAUUUUCCAACUUUUGUAUCAUCAGCUGAUUUAUACGGUCACAGUGGUUCUCAGGAAUUCUUAAAAAUAUCCGAAACUCAAGCACCUGGAACUCCGAUUGUAACAUUAGUAGCUGAAGACGAAGAUCGGGAUUUAAAUGGUCAGAUAACAUAUCGUCUGAAAGAACCUUUAAGUAGCGAUCAGAAUGCUGCUUCAUUCCAGUGGUUCAGCUUAGAAAAUAAGAACGGAUCUGCUAUCUUAAAAGUUGCGAAGAAAAUGGAUGCGGAUGAUCGUCAUGGAUCUACUUGGUUUGAUUUGAACAGGGAACACAGUGGUCGUUUGGUGAAAUUGGUUAUAGAAGCUGUAGAUGCUGGAUCUCCAUCACUCACAGGAAGUAUUGAGUUAUUUGUUUUAGUAGAGAACGUUAAUGACAACAAACCUGUAAUAUCUGUACAAUAUACCCAACCCUAUCAAACGGAAUCUGAGGUUCACAGUAGUAUUAAAACAAAUAUUGUUGGUAGCAUGGUAGAAAAUCAAAAUGAACAGUUGACGGUUGCACAUCUGACUGUGGAGGAUGGUGAUAUUAUACAAAGCAAUGCUGGCACAAUUUCAAACACGCAAGACGUUCAUUGUGAAACGAAUGAUACACGAUUUGUGUUAGACAAAGUUUCCAACUUAAAUUAUGGCGAUAGAACUGAGGGUUAUGGAAUGACUUUUGCUGAUUUCGGUUCACCAUUACUUUUCUACAAAAUGUCAUCUCUUAAAUCAAUAGACCGAGAAGCAGAACCAUGGGUUUUUGUAAAAGUUAUUUGUGUUGAUCAAGUUCAGGUUAGUUAUACAUUGAAUGCUUAUCAGAGUAUUGGAAAGUCAAUCCAACCAAACAGAUUAACUGGAAGUACAACAGUCACUAUUAAAGUUUUAGACAUAAAUGAUAACGUGCCAAGAUUCACCCAACGAAACUAUCGGUUCAGUGUAUUUGAAACGCCAUCUAUAUUAAUGAAUUCUAUCAAGGAUAUAUUUGAUGAUCACUCCAAAGUUGAAGUUGGUCGCAUUAAAGCAGAUGAUCAGGAUGAAGGCAUAAAUAGUGAAAUGAGUUAUAGUCUACUAUCAGGUGAAACAGAUGCAUUCAAGAUUGAUGAAAACACUGGAAUAUUAUGGAGAACAGGUUUUAUAGACAGAGAAAAGAUUUCUCAAGUUGAACUGAUUGUUGAGGCCAAAGAUCAUGGGAAUCCAACCCUAAGUAGUACUGCACUGAUUAGAGUUGACAUCCUUGAUGUAAAUGACAACCCACCCUAUUGGAUAAUGUCAUCUUCUGAUGACAAAGAAAAUGAUAUUCGCCGUGGUGGACCCGAAGAUGGUGUAUAUUACUUUUCUUUAAAUGAAGAUGCACCAAUCGGAAGCAUAGUUGGAACAGUAAAAGCUGUGGACACUGAUGGUGUGGCCGAAAGUGAAAUGAUUGAACAAAUUAUGGAAAAACAAAGUCCAUCUAAGAUGCAGAAAGUAAGUGCUAAUAAUUCGCCUGGAACUUCUUCUAUAGUCUAUCAGUUGGAAAAUGAAGGUGAUGGUAAGAUAUUUUCAGUGAAUCCAAGAAAUGGAGAUAUACGUCUCAACCAACAACUUGAUCGUGAAGUACGUGCUCAUUAUGAAUUUCGAGCUUUUGCGAUUGAUGGUGCUUCAACAGCUGCCAAAAGUCUUCCUGACAGUGCUCACUUGACUCAUAAAUGGAAACACCAAUAUACAGCAACAGCUACAGUUAUAAUUACUGUUUUAGAUAUAAAUGAUAACCCACCAAUAUUUGAAACACCACUGAGCGGUCAAGAAUUUCACAUAGAACCUGGUUCUUCAAUGGCCACAGCUGGGACAACUUUGUUUACUGCUAAAGCCCAUGAUCCAGAUGUAGGCGACAAUUCAAUUGUUAGAUACUCACUAGACAACAAUGGUUAUGGGCUAGUAGAAAUCGAUCCAACUACCGGUGUUUGUUACUUUCGAGAAACAGUACAACAUUCUUUAAUGAAUAAAUUAAUUGCUUCAAAUGAAAUCCCGAUAAGUGGGAGAAGUUCAAAUUAUUUGCACAGUGCUAAUUUAAUAUCCUCUGAAAAUACAAUUACAAAUCGUGCACAUGAAUUGCAUUCAUUCACAUUGGGUUUAACUAUUAUUGCACGUGAUUUAGGCAGCCCACACUCACUAAAUAAUUCACGUACAGUAAAACUUGUAUGGACAUCAGAAGCUCAACUGAAAGCACUGAGUUCAUCAACAAACGAAUUAUUGGAUAGAGGCGUAUUUGGUGCAUCGUCUGGAUUCUUAUCCGACAGUCGUAUAUCUAUAGAUAAAUUAAUUAUCCCUUUAAUUAUUGGGGCUAUCUUAUUGAUACUUAUUAUUUUCUUGAUACUGUUCGGGAUAUUUCGUUGUCGUAAACAGGCAAACAAGACAUUACCAUCAAAUAAACAAAUAUUUAUCAAUGCAUCCUACCCAUCGAAAUUUAAUAAAGCCAACAGUAGAAUAAGCAAAGACAGUAUUCAUCGUAUACAUCACAACGACGCAGACCAAAGUUACUGGUGUUUGUGUAUAAAUAAACCUAGCGGUGGUAGUCAAUCAAAGAGGAGAUUAUCAAAACAGGAUCGUAUUGAAGAGUUGAAGAAAUCAAUACAAAUUCUUGAUCAUACUACUAACAGUAAUUUCACCAUGAACAGCAAAAAUGAUCCUAAUAAUAAUGCACAUAAUGACUACAUUGUAAAUAAUUAUGGUGAAUUCGAUACAAGAAAUCGAGAGAAUUCUGAAAAACUGAUGACACGAAUAAGAAAUACACAAGCUGAAGUUUCUUUGAAGGCAUGCUUACCAGACUGUGUUCCAUCAAUUGUCGGAGGACAAUCUGAGCAAACAUGGAAUCGUCAAGAUGACAGAAUAAAUUUCAAAUGGAACGAGCUGCAAUCAUUUUAUCCAGAUGGUGUACGAAAGCCACGUCUACCAAACAAAUCACUAACUCGUACAUUUUCAGACGACUCAAUGGUCAAUAUUCGACAAUUUGACGUUGGGUAUACAGCCUUAUGCGCUCAUCCAAAUUCACCGCAUAAUCGGUCUCAAUUUAUCCCAAUACAACCAGAUACAAAUAUGGAUUCUUAUUAUACUGACGAUAGGAUAGCAAAACACCCGAUAUUUAGUCCAUACUUGAACAGAAAAUCUCAAAUUCCUAGCAACAGAACAAAUACCUUUAAUAUUUCAAAACUUGCACCACACUCAACAGUAACAAUGACAUUACAGCCAUCUAGUUUAUCGAAUGGAGUUACAAUACUCCCGCCAGGAUCAUGUUUCGACACAUCAUCUUACUAUAGUCCUUUAGGCAUGAAUAACACAUGUCAUAUAUCUAACUCAUCAGUACAACCAAUAACAUCUUCAUACGAUAUAGGACGAAAUCUCAACGAGUGGUCAGAUAAAUAUGAAGACUUUGAAACUGAUAAAGAAUUGGCAGUUUUGUCAAAGGCAACAGAAAAAUCACGGAAUGGAUGGAAACCGAAGCUAGCAGAUGCUUAUGCAGAAAAUUCUUUUGUUUGAAUUGAUCAUAUUUGUAAUAACUACUUCUAAUAUAUAUUUUUUGUUUCUUCCCUCCCACUAAUAUCAUUUGUAAUUAAUUUCUUUUCACAUUAAAAUUUGAAAAAACAUCUACUUUAAAUUCACUUGCAUGUCUAACAGAAAAUGCAAGAGAAAUGUAAAAAUUCAAGCGGCAUUUAAUUUCUUCAUAUGGAGUCAUUCUUUUAUACAAUUUGCUUAUUUAUUGAAGGAUCAUUAUUUAUAUUUAUUUUAUUGUAUAUAAAAGUAAUAAAGCUG